CGCGUCAAUGCGUGUGUAACCGACACCUCAUUAAAUGUCGCACUCAAUGGAUCUGGAAAAUGCUAUAAAUACCUCAGACACAAGCCACUGGUAAGUCACCAAACGUUCCAGAAGCUGCUUCUUAGUUUCUCCAAACCCAAACUUUCACCACAGGGACCUGUCAGAUUUAGUUAACGUUUUUACAUCAUCACUGUGUGAAGAUAAUAUAGAUAUGGAAAUCUCCCAUGACAUCAAGAUCAAGGAUGACAAGCUAGGUGGUGUGAAGGAAGAGAAGAUUAAGGUAGAAGUUGAACUGAAGAAUAAAUCAGUUGAGAAAGAGCAUACAAAAAGUAAAGAAGAGAAGAAACAUAAAGAUGAAGAUAAAUCAAAGAAAAAAAAGAAAGAGAAGGGGGAAGAGGAAGAUGAAGAGGGAGAGAAGAAAGAAAAAGAUGUAAAAGAUAAAGGGGAGGAUGGUGAAGAGAAAGAGAAAAAGGAGAAGGAUAAGAAGGAGAGGAAAAAGGAAAAGAAAGACAAGGAUGACAAAACUGAUGUAGAGAAGGUUAAGGGGAAAGAACAUGAUGGGGAGGAUGCUGAAGAGAAGAAAGAAAAGAAGAAAAAGGAAAAGAAAGACAAGGAUGACAAAACUGAUGUAGAGAAGGUCAAGGGGAAAGAAGACAAAGAGGAGAAGAAGAAAAAGGAAAAGAAAGUCAAGGAUGACAAAACUGAUGCUGAGAAGGUCAAGGGGAAAGAAGAUGAUGGGGAGGACAAUGAAGAGAAGGAGGAAAAGAAAAAAAAGAAAAAGAAGGAAAAGGAUGACAAAAUUGAUGUAGAGAAGGUCAAGGGGAAAGAAGAUGAUGGGGAAGAUGAAGGGAAGAAGGAGAAGAAGGACAAGGAGAAGAAGAAAAAGGAAAAGAAGGACAAAGAUGAAGAAACAGACACAUUAAAGGGAAAGGGAAAAAAUGGUGAUGGUGAAGAGAAGAAGGAAAAGAAAGAGAAGGAGAAGAAAAAGGAAAAGAAGGACAAAGAUGAAGAAACAGACACAUUAAAGGAAAAGGGAAAAAAUGGCGAAGGCGAGGAUGAUGAAGAAAAUAAGAAAAAUAAGAAAAAGGAUAAGAAGGAGAAAGAGAAGGAUCACAAAAAAGAAAAGGAGGAUGGAAAAGAAGAGGGUGAGAAAGAGAAAAGCAAGGUUGAAGUUUCUGUAAGGGAUAUUGAUAUAGAAGAAACCACAAAGGAAGGUGAAAAAGAAGAUAAAGAAAAGGAUGAUGUGAAGGAAGUGAAAGAGAAGAAGAAAAAAGAAGACAAAGACAAGAAGGAGAAGAAGAAAGUUACUGGAAAGGACAAGACCAAGGAUCUUAGUGCGCUGAAGCAGAAGCUUGAAAAAAUUAACGGAAAAAUACAACCACUCCUUGAAAAGAAGGCUGAUAUAGAAAGGCAGAUAAAAGAAGCUGAAGCUGAGGGUCAUGUAGUCAAUGGGAAGGACAAGGAUGAGGUACAGUAGCUGUUUAGGAUACACUUAUACUAUCUUGCGUAAUAUGCAAACUAUGUUUGCUCUUUUUAAGUUGUUUUGUGUAAUAAAGUUGCCUUUUUAUUUGAGUGAGGAGUGAUACAUUUGUAUUCUUAUGCUUCACAUGGGAUCGAUUUCAUUCCCAACUAACUCCCUUUGUCUGUGAAGGGCUGUGCUACUUCUAGAGCGUGCCUAACAUGUAAACUCCUAUUCAAUGGAGGCAUUACUUAAUAUUCAAACAUCCGACAAUCUAUUUCUUUAA